GAUAUCAUACAUUGAAACACAAGUAAGUUUAAGAAAACGAGAUGAAGAAGUUGAGUAUGAUUCUUAUAUUGCUAGUUCCAUUGCUCCUGACUAUGGAGCAAGUGCAUGGUUUUGAUUGUGAAAAAGCAAAGACAUCUGUAUCUUCUUGUGAGUCAUUUGUCACCGGUGGGGAUCAGGAGCCAUCAAGUACUUGUUGCAAUGGCAUUAGCUCUGUAGGAUCAUCAGCAACCACUGUUGAUGAACGACGUGCUGCAUGUCAAUGCUUAAAAGAAUGGGCUAAUAAGAUUCCUAACAUUAGAGAGGAUUUAGCUAUCUCACUUCCCAAACGUUGCGGUCUUGACAAGGCUUUACCUAUACCCGAAAACUUGGAUUGCAAUAACAUUCAGUGAACUAAAUGGAGAAAAUAAUAAACUAAACAGGGUGGACACUUGAUUGUUCUUAUAAAAAUAAUACAACCCUGUAUAAAUAUGUUCUAUGGUGUUGUAAAAUUUAAAAUGUGAUAUUAAUAAAUACAUGAUACAUAUGUUUACUCA